AGUCAUAGUCGGAGAACAGUCUGAUCAUUUACUUCUGCUGAGCUUUGCCUUUACAAGUUUACUUGCACCUCAGCCAAAUGAUAUUGAAAACCACCUGAAGUUCACUGUGCACAGCUCAAUUCUGAGAACCUUGAAACAACACCUUCUCUUGUAGCUUUGGGCCUGCAAUUGCAACCAUGUUUUCGACCAAAGAAAUGCCUUCUCCAUCAUCAAUAUUCUCGGCCUAUGCUUCCAUGACUGCCUCCAUCAUGCUUUUUCGAUCCAUGGCCAACGAUCUCAUACCUUACCCUAUCCGGAACUAUCUCUUCUCAACCGUGCGGUACUUCUUUAAGCCUCGCUCUCCAAUACUCACUCUGGUUAUAGAAGAAUCCAAUGGUAUGGCAAGAAACCAAGUCUAUGAUGCAUCGGAGAUUUACUUGUGCACCAGGAUCAGUCCCAACACCGAGAGGCUCAAAAUAAGCAAAACCCCGAAAGAGAAGAACUUAACAAUUCGGCUUGAGAAAGGUGAGAAGAUUGUUGAUUUCUAUGAAGGCGUUGAGCUUAAGUGGAGAUUUGUUUGCGCAGAAGCAGAAAAGAGUAACAACCCCAAUGAUCAUUUUCCUCCAAGAGCUGAGAAGCGUUCAUUUGAGCUUAGUUUCCACAAGAAACACAAAAACAUAGUCUUAAAUUCUUAUGUGUCUUAUGUUCUCGAGAGAUCAAAGGCAGUUAAAGAUGAACAAAGGGUUUUGAAGAUGUUCACGCUCAACAUGCAAAACUAUGGAGGAAUAAAGUGGGAAUCCAUCAAUCUUGAACAUCCAGCAACUUUUGAGACAUUAGCCAUGGACCCGGAGGUGAAAAAUGAUGUAAUGGACGAUCUGAACAGGUUUGUUAAGAGGAAGGAGUUUUAUAAGAGGGUUGGGAGAGCAUGGAAGCGCGGUUACUUGUUGUAUGGACCUCCAGGCACCGGAAAAUCAAGUUUGGUUGCGGCCGUGGCAAAUUAUCUCAAGUUUGAUGUGUAUGACUUGCAGCUUGCUAACAUAAUGCGGGAUUCUGACUUGAGAAAAUUGCUGUUAGCAACAGGAAAUAGAUCAAUUCUUGUGAUUGAAGACAUUGAUUGCAGUGUUGAUCUACCUGAUCGACGGCAUGGGGAUGGACGCAAACAACCUGAUCAACACGUACAGUCUGUCUUCCUCUUCCAUGAGGAUGGACCAUAUGACAGGGAGCUGGAACGAAGAUUUACUCCUCAAGACUGUCUCACAGAUUAUGCUCGUUCUGGACUCCAGCAUACAUUAACUCUGUCAGGCCUGCUUAACUUCAUUGAUGGAUUAUGGUCUAGCUGUGGAGAUGAGAGAAUUAUCAUAUUCACCACUAACCACAAGGACAGGUUAGAUCCUGCUCUGUUGCGGCCUGGGCGCAUGGACAUGCACAUUCACAUGUCCUACUGCAAACCCCAAGGAUUCAGGCUCUUGGCCUCAAAUUACCUGGGAAUUCGUGGCCACCACCACCUUUUCGAUGAGAUUGAAGGCUUGCUAAAGAACACAGAGAUAACUCCCGCACAAGUUGCUGAAGAGUUGAUGAAAAGUGAAGAUGUUGACAUUGCACUCGGAGGACUCGUCAAGCUCCUCAAGAGGAAGAAGCUGGAAGGCAAUGAACCAAUGGACAAAGAUGCAACCAAGUUCGGGGUUAGAGAAUCAAAAAGACAGAAAGUUGAAAACAAGCGUAGGUCUCCUAGGAUCACUAGAAGAAAGUGCAGCAGGAGAAGAAACUUGUAAUCACUAGCAAUUAGUCUAAUUUUCCAUUAAAACUACUUGCAUGACUUACUGCUUCACUCUGGGUAGUAGUGUUCACUUAUCUUUAGCAGCAGAGUUGGGUUGAGAUUUCACUGCUUUAAAUGAAAUGUCACUUCUUCAAUCCCCAAGA